UGGUAUUAGGUAUUGCCAUGGUGCGGUUUUAUAUACAGAAAGGAACACAUAGAGGCUUAUUCAGAAGCGUUCAAAAGACGCUUAAAUUUUUCCAGACACUUGCUUUGCUUGAGGUAGUCCACUGUGCAGUUGUUCGCACAUCUGUGCUUGUGACUGGGGUCCAAGUGAGUUCAAGAAUCUUCAUGGUGUGGUUCAUUGCACAUAGUAUAAAACAGAUCCAGAAUGAGGAGAGCGUUAUUCUUUUUCUGGUCGUAUGGACUGUGACAGAGAUUACUCGAUAUUCCUUCUACACAUUCAACCUGCUCAACCAUUUGCCAUACUUCAUUAAAUGGGCCAGAUACAACUUUUUUAUCAUUUUGUAUCCUGCUGGAGUUGCAGGUGAACUGCUAACCAUAUAUGCUGCUUUACCCUAUGUGAAGAAAACAGGAAUGUUUUCACUGAGACUUCCCAACAAAUAUAACGUCUCCUUUGACUACUAUUACUUCCUUAUUAUUGUCAUGUUCUCCUAUGUGCCAUUAUUUCCACAACUCUACUUCCACAUGUUGCGGCAGAGAAGAAGGGUGCUUCACGGAGAAGUGAUUGUGGAAAAGGACGAUUGAAUCAAGCCGUGUAACUAUGGUGCUUUUAAUGGAAAAAAAGAGGGUAAAAAAACAAAACUUCCUGUGAUUUUUCUGAGUCCAAGUUUUAAAACAUGGAACAAGAAUAAACAACUGUGCAUAAAAUAGCAUGGACUGUAUUAUUUUUACAAUUAAUAUAUCUUCAGACUUACCUUUUCAUCCUUGGUUUCACUUUGAUUUUUAAUUGUUCACUUUUUCAAAUUGUUUUCUUAUUUUCAGUAGGCUGUCAAAUAGCUUUAAGAAUUGGAAUAGUUGGCUACUGUGCUUUCUAUUCUGAAAGUUCUGUUAUGACCUGUAGUCAUCAUCAAGAACAGAAGGAGAGUUGAUAAGUUGUACUGAAAGUGAGUCUUCUGGAAAACAGAGCAUAAAUUAGGUAAUGAUGUUUUUCAUAGACUAGGUGGCUUAAAUGUUAUUUAAGAUUUAUAUUAAAUAAUACCUUUCCAGUUAUAAGUACUGUUAGCAUGUUGUUCAACAUUCUUUGAAUUACAGGAUCACACUGGAGAAUUCCAGAAGGACUUUUGAAAGGAGCUGGAUUCUUGAUUGUCAGUGCAAAUUUAGAUCUCUCUGUAUUUUCAUUUAUAAUUUUAAAGAUACGUAGAAUAAUAGAUAUAAUAUUAACUGGUUAAAAGUUUGUGCUGAGGAGUAGACUUGAUGUGCCUACCUUUCUCUGAUCAGUGGCUGGAAUGGGACUCGUUUGCAGAGGAAGACUGAUUGUCAGCAUGUUUCUUAUUCUAUGUUUAAUUAUGUAUGCAGAAAAAUUAUGGUAUUGCAUUUAGAAACUGUAGCUAUAGUGAGAUAUUUAACUUCUUAUAAAUAGCUAAGUGGGAUAAAAUAUAUUUGAAAUAGAGUCUUAAAAUAUAAAUUGUGCUUUGAAUCAUCCCAUUGUGCAAUCUUAAUUGCUCCCUCCCCAUUAAUUGUUUAUACUGCGUUGACCUAAUUCUACUUAAUGUCUUCAAUAAUCUGCAAGAGGGAUCUACAGUAUAUUAAUAAAAGUUACAGAUGAUAUUACACUAUAUGAUACCUGAGUGGGAGAGGUCCAACAGAUGGAUUAAAUGUAGACAAGAAUUAGACGCAGCCUAAGAGAUUCAGAGAAAAGGUAAUGCAUUUGAGGAAACUUGGGUACUUAGUGAGAGAGAGAGAGAGAAGAUUGAAAUGUAAUAAUGUAGUAAGAAGCCUUGAUAAUGUAGGCAACAAAGUUGCUUCUGGCAUCGCUAAUGUCAAAAGAAGAGUAUAUAUGCAGAAGAGCUGCAUCAGGCAGCUGGAAAUCAGAAUACUCCUUGUGAUUGCUGAGGUAAUUUCCGGAGUACAGUCUUAUAUUUUGGGUAUCUCAGGGGUGAGGAAUUGAGUCAAUCUUCUGAAGUCAGAGAACAGUAACAAAAUUAGUUGAAGUGAGAAAGAAGUCGGAAAGAUUGAGUUGUUAAGUAUGUAUAAUUUUUUGUUAUGUGACAAAUACAUGUAAAGGAAGAGCCUUUCUAAGUAUGAAGGUGUGAUUAUAUACAUUUGAUACAAGGCAAAUAUCCAGUGAAUAUCAGGAGAAAGAUCCUACUGAUGAGAUCAGUUAGGUUAUGGAAUGACACAGUAGUGCUUAUCAAUGCAUACAAGUUCUUGGAAGGUUUUAAGUUAGAUGUAGUGCAAUAGUGGAAAAUAGUCUUCCUUUGGCAAGAGUUUGAACUACAUACUUGAAUAGGCUGUUUCCAUUUUUAGCUUCAAUGAUUCGAUGAUAAUACAGCUUUUUUGAAAAUUGUAGAUACACCUUUUUCUGGUGUAUCAGGUAAUUUGAUGAAAAAGCAAGGAUUUACUACAUCCCUAACUUUCAAAUUCCAUUUUGUGCCUUAAAUUUGUGAUAUUUGUGCAUGUCUUCAUUACAUGUAAAUUAGUUUCCUUUUAAAUGACAGGUGCAUAGUGCACUUGAGAUAGAAUAGUUGUAUUUCUUACCAUUUUAAAAGGUGUAAUCUUUGUAUUUUUUAGAACAAAUUUCACGCAAGGUGCUAUAAUUUAACUUAUUACUUCUCUCUUUUAUAUGCAGCUAAAAUUAUUAAAAGUUUAAAAUAUAAACUACAACACUGAAUCACAAAAUAGUUGUGUUACACAUGUUCAGACUAGCAGUUGUAUUUGUCCAAAGUUCUUAGAGUACUGUUUUAUAAACUUCACUUGCUUUUUGAUCCACGAGGAACAUCAUGGCAGUUUUUAGAAGUAUUUCUCAGUUAGCAAGCAGAAGAGUGUGAUAAAAUAUGAGUAACUUAAGAUUAGAUUAAGUUCAUGUCUCUUUUUUUACUGUCAGGGCAGCUCACUGAAGACCAUAGCUAUCAAUUCAUUGAAAAUGCAUUGCGUACUUUAAGGAUGAUUUUGAAAGCCUUGAUCGGAUGAGUGUAUCCCACAGAUACUAUUCCUGUAACAAAAGGAAUACCUGUGCUAUAAUACUGUAUUAUAUUUAUUUUCAUUGUGGCUUAAGGAUAUUAUCAUAUGUCAGCCAAGGAGCUAUUUUUAUAUCCUUUUGCACAUGUGACAUGAAAAAAACACAGCACUGUUUGCUAAAAUCCUGGGUUUGCACUUUCAUAAAGCAACAGUGUACAAGGUAAUGAUACAGUUUUAGAAGUGAUUUACAGCUACAGAAGAGUCUUGCUAAAUGAUAAAUGAAUAAAAAUAAAGCUAAAAAUGACUUACAGUAUUGCAUUCAAUCUUUGAUAGACCAGAGAGAUUGCCAUGUAGAUUAGUUUAUGUGGCAUGUACUUUAAAAAAAACAAGUAACAUGUUCUUUUCUUCCUCUUCUUUUUUGAUUGAAGCCUUUCACUGAAGCCUCAAUGUAUACCUUUUGUUUUAAUAUCUUCUCAAAGAUAGUGAGCAUUGCAGGUAAAAUCCUGUUAGCAUUGAGUUCAGAUGGGCCAGGAUUUUAUCCUAGGUAGCUUACUUAAACUUCAGUAUAACAUCGUGAAACAUUUAAUUAGCUUGUUAAAUGGACAUAAAAAAUUAAGUAUGAUUUUCAUAUGGUGCUCUCUUUCCAACUUCUUUUUGAUACCUGUCUUUUUUGUCUUCCUCUCUGCAAUAUUUCUAGUUUUCUAAAGCAUUGAAAUCCUCCUGUUUCUGAAAGAUUAGGAAUGUAUUCAAACAUCAGCGUCUUUAAUGGUUUGAUGUAGUCUUUAACAAAUUGUUUGUAUAAAGGUGUUUUCUUACUUAUGAUAUAUAUGCCUUCUGGAAUGUAUUAAUAUAGAGUAUGACCUUAUGGAGCUUUUUUAAUGACAAUACAUAGGAAUAGGCAUUUGGAAGGAGAUUCCUAUUCAUCAGGCGAUAUUUCCUACUAUUGGUAGUAACAUAAACACACCGUCCUUUUUAUAAACUCCAGCUGAAAGCAGUUGGAUUUCUUGAGGUUCCCCCAGCACUCACACACUGUUCCCACUGGGAAAGGCUGUUCUGGGACAGAUUGAGUGAAUCACCUUGUUUCACAGCUCUGCCCAGAAUGUCUAGAGGCCAGAUCCUGGCCUCAGGGCAUGGACAGUACAAAGGAAUAUGACGGUGAGAAAUUGCAUCUUCCACAUUAGCUGCCAGGAGGGUCACUGAGGCCAUUGUAAACAGUAGUUGAUAGGCGUCCUUUCUCUGAGAGCUCAAUGUGCUCUUACACCUUCUGUGUAGGGAGCUCAUGGGGUCAGCUGGGAGGAUCUCUGUGCACAAAGGGUGUGUAACAGAAAGGGCUUUUCUGCUCCGCUCAGCUAUCUUAUUACUAUCAAUAAGCCUAUAUUUCUUGAAAUACUGGUAUGCCAAGAUAGCUAUGCCACACUGCUCUCAAUUGUAUAGGUCAAAAUAAACAGCCUUGGAGAAAUGGUGCAGUGCGCUGCUUCUAAUUCCCAUUGAACAUAACAUUUAGCCAGGUUCAUGUUAAUGGACAGAUUGCAAUGACUAGUUAACAGGGAGGUGCAUGGAGACCUUUUCUGUGACCAGAGGGAACCUACCUUUUCUUAUCCAGAAAGAAAUAUGUGCAUUUUAAAUCUAGGUGUAGCUACUGCUCUGACUGUGGUACUUGUACUCUUCACAGUAGCUUACUUUAGUGGAUGUUUGGAUAUUUCUAUGAUUACUAAAUAAACUAGAAUGAAAACAAAUUACAACCAUUACAAAAAAUUAUAAUUUAAGGUAGUCGCUAAAUUAACAGUUUUUGUGAAUUCAGCUCUUACUUAAUCUGCCUUAGAACAAAAAAAAGGAAGGAAAAUUAAUACAAAUAAGUGUUCUGCACUAAGCAGGAGGGCUUCAUAAAUCAAAAUUUUCAGGCAGGCAAACUGGCUGCAGUUGUUUAUAAAGGAUUGCUUAAAUGUGUUUUUGAACAAAGAGGUUGAAAGCUUUUCUGAAAAUUAAAUUUUAUUUCAUAAUGUAUAUUCUAAAAUGUGCUCAGAGAUACUGUAUUAUUUAUUACCAGUUUACAAUUUAAAUUCAUGCUGAACAUACACUUUUUAUAGAUGAUUAACUGUAGCCCAUUAAAAUGUUUUAUUCUAUGUUUGUUACAAUGGCUGUUUAAGAAACAAACACCUCAUGUUUCUGCAAAGCUCUGUGAUCUCUUGCUCAAGUGAGUUGCAGUAUUGUUAGUGCCUACUAAGCUUUACAGCGCUGUUAAAGCGGCAGGUUGAUAUUUGCCAAGGAUAGCUCCUUAAACUUGCUUUCAUGACGGCACACCUUAAUAGUGGGUGGUCCUCCUGGUUCAAUGUCUGGUAUUGUACGCCACUGAUGCCGUUCUAGGGGUCUUGAGCGCCUUCAGUAGGACUGAAGGCUUUACAGAUGUCAGUGAUUCAUCCUUAUGAAUUACCAGAUUGAGAAGACCUGUCUUGUGAACUCUUAGGUCACAAAAGUGAGUAAGUCUGACAAGUGAACUUAAGGCUGUACCAAGACAAACUGUGGAGAACCUGGACGUUUGGUAACUCUAGCCUUCUCAAAGGAACUUGCUGUCAAGUUCAGGCCUGCAACUGGUGGUGGCUUUCAAGUUCUAAAAUGUACAGUACUUUCUGUGUCAUGUUGUAUCAACUUAAACAUGUUGUCUUUUUAUUCACAGCUCUCUUGCUUCUCUGUUCAGUCUUGAAUGUAUUUUCUGUCCUUUCAGUUGAUGGCUUUGUAGAAGUGUAAGUACGGAAAUAUUUAUCUAAGUGUAUCAUGUACUUAAAGAUUCUUAAUAAUGUAAAUGCACUGCAGCCGCUCAUUAUUGUUAUUUUUUCUGAAAUGCGUUAUCAUUAGCAGUUUACACAGACAGGAAAACAGCACAAUAUGAUACUUUUAAUAAGUUAUUUAUUUGCAAAGAUUAUAAGAUUUGUUGAGCUAUAGAUUCAGAUAUUUGUUUUAGAGAUUGUUAAUACUGUAGCACUGUAGAAAUUCAUCAUCAAUUAAAAGACAUGUUCUAAACU